AUGUCCGACGAUUAUGAUUCAGAAAGGGAAUCCGGUAAUUCUCUGGAGGAAGGAGCUUCUUCACUAGACUCGUUUGAGGGAAGGCUAGAGGUAAUGUCUUGGAUAACACCUGGAAAACAUUCUAAAGACAACCAUCUAGUUCAGAUAUGUGUGAUGCUAGUGGAGCCGACCGAUAUAGUGAAGUAUGGCUGGGUGGAUGCAGAGGUGGUGGAGGGGAUGUUUUGGCUUCUAGAAAUCCGUCUUAGGAAAGGGACACUUGGGAAAGGGAACUGUGAAAUAAUGAAGCAAAUGUGCUUUGAUUUUCAAAAGGAUUUGGCUGAGUUGCAGAAGAAUGUCAAGCUUUCUGACUCUUUGCAAGAGGAGGUGAAGAUCCAUGACUCCUCUUCUACUCUGACUGUGCAAAUAACCGAACUGGAGGAGGCUGAGGCCCGGGUCAAGGUCCUGAAAACUCUUGAAGACGAGGUUGUCGGUCUGAAGGCGAUGAGGUUUUGUCCUCGUACUCUAGUUCCUAUUGAAGAGUUAAACCCCUUCCAAGAUGCUCCCCAAGGUAUUACAUAUGAUGAUCUUGGCACCUCAGCUUUGGGCGCUCCAGCUUGA